GACUCAAAAGUGCUUUUGUUUUUGGCAUUUGCUUCUCUUUCUCCACAUCUUCCUCUUUUCUCCAUUUGCCUUUCAAACUGAAAAAAAAAAAAAUCAAGAAAAAACAUAAGAAAUACUUACUCACUAGGUGAAACAAAAUGGUGGAUCUUCAAAAAGUAUGCUCUAUGUGUGGUGAUGUUGGCUUCCCGGAAAAGCUCUUCCGCUGCUCCAAGUGCCGCCAUCGCUACCAACACUCGUAUUGUAGCAACUACUAUAGUGAAAUGUCAGAGGUAAUAGAGGUGUGUGAUUGGUGUCAAAGUGAAGAAAGAAGCAUUAACAGCUCAAGGCGCGGAAGUUCAUCCAGAAAAUCACCCGUAGAAGGCAUCAUCAUGAGUAGCAGCAGAUCAGAAUAUCCAGGUGGUGAUCAUAAAAUCAAACACCAAAACCAUGAUCAUCAUAGGGAAGAUCAAUCAACGGCUCAUGAUCAAAAACCAAAGAAUAAUCAUGGUGGUGCACCUUCUCCUCGUACACCCACUCGUAGGUACAAGCUUCUUAAGGAUGUCAUGUGUUAGAGAGGAGUUCGUUCUCGAUCAGGUGGUUAACUAUAAUGUUAAUAUUAUAGUAAGUAUUAUCUUUCUUAUGGAUAAUUGUAAGUGUUUUUUCUUUUUUUUUUUCUUUUUUUCUCUCUUUUGACUGGCAGAGUACUACUUUUGAUCUGGCCUAUGCUACCUAGCUAGGUGAAUAAGUUCAAUGGAGUUAUGGAGCUUUCUCUACGUAUGUACAAAUUACUAACUAAUAGAUGAUAAUUAUGGAUUUUCCA